UGAGUGUGUGUAUUUUUUGCACACAUUUAGCAAAGUCCAAAAGUAAUUUUAAAGUCAAUUUGCGUCAUUGUUUUUUUUGUUUGUUCUCUAAUAUAUAUAUAGUCUUUUGAGACGCGCCCUAGUUUGACCUUGAUAUAAUUAUAAAUUUAUUAUUGUCGCCGGGAUAAAAAGUUGUAAUUGUCCCUUAAGGAUUGACCAUCUUCCCCCUAUAAUCACCCUCUCUUGUCACUUGUCAGAUAAAUAAUUAUAAAUCCCGUUUUUGUGUGUAGAAAUAUUAGAAAAUUAAUUGUGUAUCAUCAAACUGAUCAACGCUAUCAAGUUUUUUUUCUAUUUAUAAAUAUUUAAAUACACAAAUAAACUUUGUUAAAAUGGCAAAAAAAACUUAUGAUCUUUUGUUUAAAUUAUUAUUGAUUGGUGAUUCUGGAGUUGGAAAAACUUGUAUUUUAUUUAGAUUUUCUGAUGAUGCAUUUUCAACAACAUUUAUUUCUACAAUUGGAAUAGACUUUAAAAUAAAAACAGUCGAAUUAAGGGGUAAAAAAAUCAAGUUACAAAUAUGGGACACUGCUGGCCAAGAAAGGUUCCAUACAAUCACAACAUCAUAUUACAGAGGAGCAAUGGGAAUAAUGCUUGUCUAUGACAUAACAAAUGAAAAAACAUUUGAAAAUAUUGUCAAGUGGCUGAGAAACAUUGACGAGCAUGCAAAUGAAGAUGUUGAAAAAAUGAUUUUGGGAAAUAAAAGUGAUAUGGAAGAUAGACGUGUUGUAUCAACUGAAAAAGGAGAAUCUAUUGCAAGAGAACAUGGUAUUAGAUUCAUGGAAACAUCAGCAAAAGCAAAUAUUAAUAUUGAUCGUUCAUUUAGUGAAUUAGCUGAAGCAAUUCUUGAUAAAACACAUGGUAAAGAGCCUCAAGAUGCACCAGAUCGUGUCACUGUUGAUCGCAGGGUAGAAAGAAGUUCAAAUAGGUGCUGUUAGUUCACCAAAUUAAUUUUUUUUAUUUAUUAUUAUCAUCAUUAUUACUUUUUUUUUUUUUUUUUCUGUUUUCGUGACAGCGUUGAUAAUAAGUAAACAAAAAAAAAAAAAAAAAAAAAAAUACUAUAAACUCGUGCCAGUUAAAAUUUGUGAAUAUAAUUUGACUUUAAUGAAUUAUUAUUUUAUUAUUUUUUUAAUUUAUAUUAAAAUAUAAAAUAGUGUCAAACGACGACACCACUGCCCAAUUAGUAUUUUUUUUUUUUUUUUUAAAUUAAAAAGAAAAACAACGAACAAAAUUGUCUACAUUUGAUAUCUUGAUUAUUAGUCAAUAAUAUUAGAUUGCCUAGUUACUGAUGACUGAAAAAAAAAUCAAAAAAAAAAUAAAUUUAUUAUUCAAAAAAAAAAAAAAA